GGUUGUUGUAUUGGGGGGUGUGAGACUUCAAUUGACAUGCCGAGGUUACUCAGAAUCAAGAAAUUUGAUUAUACUCAGCCUGAGGACUUUGAAGACGACGCGGUGACCAAUUCUGACGAUGAAAAUGGCGACAAGGCAAAGCCUGCAAAGAAGGCCUUGAGCGGAACCAAGAAGUCCCGUCAAGUCACGGCCUUGAACACAGCAGCAGGAACAGCAAGAGACGGAAGACCGUCCCUGGACGACGAGCGUCUCUUUGAGAGGGAGCUCAAGGAGGUCCUUGCCCUCGCUGGUGAUCAGACGGAAGUGGCGGCGUCUUCGCGGGAGAGUUCACAGGAAGCCGUGGGCAGUGCCACCGUCAACACGGACGACCCACCCGACAACGAGACGGGCGAGUCCUCGGAGUCCGCUGGGAAGUCCGACAGCGAUGACAGCGACCACAAGAAACCCUCCUGGAAGUUUAAGGUGCCCAGGGUCACCGCCGCCGCCGACAGGAGAGGGAGCAAAGCCGCCGUGGCCAGGGGCAGCAGAACAACAGGCGCGGCGCGUGGAGCCGGGGCGGAUGUCGGGCCAGAUCCUGCCCCUCGGCAAUCAGCGAAGCGCCUCCCCCCGCCCGCGUUCAACGAAGCCGGCGUCGCGGAUCGUGCCACCGCAUCGCCUCUACCCAAGUGGGUUCCUCCAGCCACGGCCUAA